GAAGCCUUCUUUUGGACACGCCCCUUUCCCUCUGCUCCGUCGUGUCUCCACCCUCCCCCAGACCAGACCUGGGGCUGCGAUGGCCGCUACGUGGGAAGAAAUCCUCAAGUUGUCCCAGCAGUUUCAAUCCGCUCAGUUCGCCCAGGCGACGCAGAGACUGUCAGAACGUAAUUGCAUAGAGAUUGUUUCGAAGUUAAUUGCUGAAAAACAGUUGGAUGUAGUACAUACUCUUGAUGGAAAAGAGUAUAUCACUCCUGCACAGAUUAGCAAAGAAAUACGUGAUGAACUUCAUAUUCGUGGCGGUCGGGUGAACAUUGUGGAUUUGCAACAGAUAAUAAACGUUGAUCUGCUCCAUAUUGAGAACCGAGCUAACAACAUUGUCAAAUCAGAUCGAACAGUUCGAUUGGUAUUGGGACAACUUGUAGAUGAAAAUUACUUAGAUCACAUAGCAGAAGAAAUAAAUGACAAGUUGCAGGAAUGCGGCCAGGUGAAAAUAUCUGAGUUAUGCAAAGCGUACGAUCUUCCAGGAGACUUCUUAAAGCAGGCAUUUUCUGCUCGCUUGGGAAAAAUUAUUCAUGGCCAAUUCGAUCAGGAAAACCGUGGGGUGAUUUUCACUAAGACAUUUGUCACAAGACAUCGGGCCCGUAUUCGUGGCCUCUUCCGGGCCAUUACCCGACCUACACCAAUAAUUAACCUAAUCACUCGACACGGAUUUCAGGAACAACUACUUUACUCUUUGCUUGAAGAACUUAUUAAUUCUGGAUGUCUAAAAGGCACCGUGGUUGGUGGAAGGCAAGAUAAAGCUGUGUUUAUCCCUGACAUUUAUGCCAGAACUCAGAGUAAUUGGGUGGAUUCAUUUUUCAAGCAAAAUGGUUAUUUAGAAUUCGAUGCAUUGUCAAGACUUGGCAUCCCUGAUCCUGUGAGCUACAUAAAGAAAAGAUACAAGUCUUUGCCAAUUUUGUUUCUGAAAGCAUCUUGUGUUGGUCGUGAAAUGUUAGAUCAGGUGGAGGCAUCUGUGGACGAAGCCAUCAGUUCUGGUCUGUGGCUGGAUAUUAUGCCUCUUCUUCCAAGUUCAUUAUCUGUAGAAGAUGCCGGCAUGUUGCUUCAGCAAGUGAUGAGAACUUUCAAUAAGCAACCUUCAGCCUUGGUCUUUGGUGACACUAAUGUAGUCAGUGAGAAAUUUAUCAGCAGCUGUGCUGAUUUGUUUAGUGAUCUUAUGCACCAGAAAGCUGAAAAGGAAAUGAAAAAUGACCCUGUUCAUUUAAUCACAGAAGAGGACCUGAAACAGUCUGCUCUUAUAGAAAACACAUUUUUGAGCAGAAAAGACAAAAAGGAUGAAAGAAGGAAGAAAGCCACAGAGGGCACUGGAAGGGUGAGAGAUAGUGGUGGUGGAAAUGCUAGAGAAAUCAAAACUAAAAAAACUAAAAAGAAGGCAAGAAAAGAUGUGGAUAGUGAUGACGAGGCACAAGCAAGUAGCACAAGUAGGAGCAAGCAACUUGAGAUCCAUUUUAUGUCGCAAGAAGAAAUUGAAGAUGUUUUAAGAAAGCACAUAAGGGACUGUCCAGAAGAGCUCAUCACAGAACUUGCGGGUUAUCUAAUCAGGCCCUUAACAAAGAACUAUCAGGAAGUGUUGCGUUCAGUAUUCUUGUCCUCAACUUCUUAUUCCGGAGCUAGCAGAAAAAGGACCAUUAAGGAUUUGCAGGAAGAAGUUUCCAAUUUGUAUAACAAUAUCCGGUUAUUUGAAAAAGGAGCAAAACAUUUCACGGAUGAGACACAAAAUAACAUUGCCAAACACAUGCUGAAGACAGUUUGUACAGAUAUCACUAAUCUUAUUUUCAACUUCCUUGCUGCUGAUGUAAUGAUGGCAGCUGAUGACUACACCACCAUUACAAUUGAGAUGAGGAAAAAAAUUUUAAGUACAUUAUCUGAAGAGAUGAGAGGUCCUUUAACAAAGCUCCAUGUUUCUCUGAAUGGCAAGACUUUGGAAGAAUUUGUUUCUUGUCUUGAUGCUGCUGCAGAGGCUUGUGAUAUUAUGGUGAAAAGGGGAGAUAAGAAGAAAGAAAGACAAAUCCUGUUUCAGCAUAGACAAGCUCUGAUUGAACAUCUGAAAGUCACAGAAGAUCCAGCUCUUAUUCUCCAUCUGACAUCAGUCUUGCUGUUUCAGUUCUCAACCCAUUCCAUGCUUCAUGCACCAGGAAGAUGUGUGCCACAGUUAAUUACCUUCUUAAGUACAAAGAUCCCAGAGGAUCAGCAUUCUCUUCUUGUCAAGUAUCAGGGAUUAGUAGUGAAGCAACUGAUCAGUCAAAACAAGAAGAUUGGGCAAGGUGAUGACGAUUCAGUUGAGAGCACCUUGAACACAGAAGAAAACACAGAAGCAAUCUGGAAAGAACUUCAGGAGCUGUCUGGCUCUGUCAAAGAUCUUAUUCUCAGGUCCAGAAAAUCUUCUGUAACAGAGGAAUGUUCAAACUAAUAAACUUCCUUCAGGCUUCUCAAAA